UCAAGUUUCUUUUUGUUGACUGUGAUACAGUGGGAGCACAGUUUCUAAGAAAACAUGUAGCAUAAAUAACUUAUAGUCGUUGUAAUAUAACACAAUGAAUACCAAUAAAAAAGAUAAUAAUGGUUGGAUUCUGUGUCCCUCGAAAAGUUUUCCAGGCAAAUUUUAUUAUUUUAAUGUAACUAAUGGGGACACCGCAUGGAGUUUAAACGAUGCUGAUAAAAAAACUGUCACAAAUGAAAGAAGAGAGUACAGUACAGAAAAUAUGCCAGAUAAUUCCCACAGUUAUCCAGACCCAAAGACUCCAGUAGUAGAUAACCAAAUACCCUCCAAUUCUCAUGUAAAUUACAUAAACUACCAAUAUCCCCCUCAAAAUCCAGAAACCAUAACACAACCAUCCCCUGUGUUUGCCCAAGUUGUAUUCCCCAAGUAUAUUACAGAUGCUGGUCCACAUAUACAAAAUAUUCUAUGGACUCCAAUCCCAAUUUCUACUUCAAUGCUUGCGGCCAAUACACCAAAAAAACAAACAACAGAUAAAAAUACUCAAACAUUUAUAACAGAAAACUUUUCACAACUCCAUGUAGAUGCUUGUGACAUUCCCCUGUGUAAGAGGUUCAAUAACUUUAAACCGCCCCAUAUAAUUUUUAAUUAUAAAAAUAAAAUAAUAAUAGAUAAUAAAAACUUAAGUGAAUUGCCAGUCCAAACAACUAAUUAUAAAUCAGCAUUAGUGUCACAGUUUGAAGUUAAUCCUAAAAGCAGCAGUCAAUCUGAUUUAGAAACAGGGGAUGGUGAAUAUCAAUUGUGUAGGAACAAAGAUACAUCAAAAUCAGAUACGAAAAUGUUAAAUUUAAGACAAAGUGAUAAAGUUGAGAAUGAUAUUGAGAACAAAGAUUUUAAGGUGAAUGGUUUAGAAAAUGCUGAUCUGCGAUUUCUGCUUGUGGCAAAAAAAAAUAAAACUGUUAAUGUGGACAAUUUGCCCAAUAAUGUAGAUGAGGAAAAGUCAAAAGGAAUUGGAAAGAAAAAAGUAAGUUUCGACUUGGGGAGUCGGAAUGAAGUCAUCAAUUUAGAAGAACUUUAUUAUGUUGACUGUGCGGGUGAUGUCGACGAUACUUACAAAGAAGAGCAGAAUACUCUCAAUAUCUUAAGAGAUCUAGCGUCAUCAUCUCUAAGAACGGACAUUUGGUACAUCGUAGUUGACACGGAAAUAUUGUUGGAAGAAUUAGCGUUUAUGGAGAGUUUUGUUAAAUUGGAUUCGAGCUGUCGUCUGCUGGUCCCUCGGAGCGUGAUGGAGGCAGUGUUGUCAGCAAGUCGCAAUCAUGUUAAUGAGAAUGAGCGAAGAAUGAUGCUAGCGCGCCACCUCGUCCGCAGGCUGGACAGGCCGCCCGCAUAUCUCGUCGUUCAGGAUGUAGAAAACACGGAUGCAGCUAGAAACAUGUCUGCAUUAGACCGCAUUGUGUAUUGUUGCCUCAAGACGUCUGAACGAAAUUAUCAUGUGAUAUUAAUAACUAAUGAUGCAAAAUUAUAUAAUAAAGCAAAAUCUGUAUUGAUACAUUGCUAUAAAUUAUAUGAAAUCAAAAGUGGCCUUAAACCGGAAGUGGCGUUUAAAGAUCAAAAAAUUGUAGUUACUGUAAGUAAUAGUAAUGAAAAUCUAUUCCUGCAAAGAGCAGAUCAACUGGACCCCUUUCUAUUGAGCAAGGAAAUCGAUUUCACUGUUGACGUUGCAAGAAACCCGUUAUUUGAAAAGGCUCGAGUGCAAACAAUGGAAAAUAUGGCGGAUACUAAUACUAAUACGUCCCUAAUAAAUGUUGACCAAUUAACAAAUACACAUUUUACAAAUGUAUCCGUACAAAACAAAAAUCUCUCAGUCGAUCAUGAAGGUACCUUGUCCAUUACUGUUGCUAAUGUUGACACGGACUUACAAAAAAUAAUUAGAAAAAAUAUAGAAACUGAUGAACACGAUAAUAAUUUUCCUUACAGUGUGGAUAAAAAGAUCGAAAAUGAACCUCAAGAUAGUAUAAAUUUGUUGAUCCCUCGUAGUGAAAGUAUAGAUAAACAACACAUGCCAGAUCAAUUAAAGUCCAAUAUUCUAAAUCAAAAUAUAUCCAAUAACGAUCAAGACACUAAACAAAUACUUAAUAAUGUACCGCACUUAUUGAAUGGGGAUGUUGAAAUGAAUGAACAAUCUUAUGAAAUAAAAACAAAUAAUUCCGAAUUUCAACAUCCACAUAUGGAUGAAAGGCAAAAUAUGUUACAUAUUAAAACAGAAAAUGAAUAUCAAACCCUGCCAGUAUUAGACGAAAGUCAACUGACUGACACUACAAUUUCUUUAGACGACAAAUUGAAGAGAUUUGAUGUGAUAAAUAAAGUAAUUAAACAUACAAUCAAGUCCAAAAUUGAAGAAUGGUUUUGCUCAUAUUCACAAGUCAUGGAAGAUGCAUUAGCUAUUAUAUUGCAGGAGUCAAAUACACUACCACUAAGGCCCCCAUGGACUGUACAAGAAGCAACUGUUUCUCUCAAAGAAAUAUACAAGAACAGUGAGAUUACAGAGAUUGUGGACAAAUUAUUAAUAUUGUUACAUAAUUCUUGUGAGAAAGGUAAAUUGGAAUCUCAUAAGAAACCCAAUUAUUUCAUGAGAAUUGUAGGAUGUUCUGUGAUAUUGCUACGGAACUUACAGGUGUUCCGACCAGAUUGCGAAGCGCUUAUAGAAGCAGAACAACAGCUUAUAAAUAUGAUUCGAAGCAUUAAAAAUCCAGUACCACUGGUAGACGAGAAAGACCUAGUACGGUAUUCUAUACCCAGCCAUAGUGUGGAUGAUGAGAUUGAAACACCUAGACAUGGCUUUAUCAAAAAACCAUCUCAAGUAAUGGAGUACGUACAGAAGCAUUUCCCGCAGUGGAGGAAAUAUAGUGAAGUAAACAAUAAACCAGUAGAAGAUAAUUGCAAAGUUAAUACUGAUACAAAAAUAGUGCGUACGUUUGGACGGAACUUAAAAAAUUUGACAAUAGACAAAAUGAAAUCUUUAUCACUUAUACAACCAGACGUAGACGAAGUACAUAUAAACGAAAAUGAAUCAAAAGAAACGAGACAAUUGGGUGAUGUAAUAGUAAUCAACAGGGAAACUAGAACUCCACAAAAUAUUGACAAUACAGCUGGUGCUGACUAUAUUAAACUUGAUGAAUCAAAAAUAGUAAGAAAAUUACAUUAUUCAAAUGUAAAUUUAAAAAAUGGUGAUAAUAGAAAUGAUGAUAAUGAUUUAAAUUUUACAAUACACGGUAACACUUUUAAUGCAACUAAAAAUGAUGGACCUACAGUAAUAAGAAAUAUAAGAUUACUAGAUGUCUACGAGGAGAAAUUGAAGAAACAAUCCUUGUUGGAAGCCUCCGAUUUUACAGCUAUGUCGCUGUCUAGCAUAACAGAUGGAAACUUCAGCAAUGAAAAUUUGGAUAUUAAUAUAAAUAGUACUAAUGAUAAUGAAUUUAAUCAUAUUAAUUCAAUAAAUGACACUGAUACUAUUAUUCUGUUAAAUGAAAAUUAUAUUACCAUUGACAGUUCAUCUCCAUUAAGAAAUUCUGAUACAAACAGAGAUGAUAGUGGUACAAAUGAUAGUGGUUUUGAGAGUGAGAGCAUACAAGCUUAUUCAUUAUUGAAAAUAUUUCUAACCGAACUGAGUGGUUCUUUGAAGUCAAUUUAUAAGUUUAUAGAUGACAAUAUAAAUGAAUUUAGAUUUGAUGAUAUCAUAGAAGACGAAAAGAAGCGGCGACUCCACAGCAAGGUCUCCCACACACAUUGUCAGUUGGCUAAUAUCAUUGAAAAAUUGAAAAGCAUCAUUCAAAGAGAAUCUAAGGAGGACAGCGAACUAAAAGAACUACUCAUCAAGGCGGGAACACACGCUUCUACAGACAAACGAAUGACGAGAUAUAAGCAAGUCGUAGUAAAAUGUUUGGAGCAGGCACAAAUGUUGGAGCAUGCCUUAAGGAUGAUGCUUGCGUUGACUGACGACGAUGACUUAUCAAUAAGUACGUCAUCACGGCGCACUACCAGAUACUACAAUUUGUUUGAGUAUGCUUAA